AUGCGAGCAGCCUUGGCGGCUGGCUGCAUCUUCGUGCUGCGCUCGCAAGGGUAUCGAGACACGGACAUUGUUGACCACCUGACCAGCGUGGACAACCUUAAUCGUGACCCGUCAGCUGCUUUUGACACCGGGCAGCUGGUGGUGCCGGGGCAGAUGCCGUACUAUCAGCAGCCGGCGGUGCCGGGGCAGAUGGGGUACUAUCAGCAGCCGGCUGUGCAAGCCGUGGCACCGAUCUCGCCCUCCGGGCAAGUCGUGCAGCCCCAGCAGAUGGUUCCGCAGUUUCCGCAGCAAGUGCCCGCGCAACAGCAGAUGGUGCCGCCGAUGCAGAUGGGGUACUACCAGCAGCCGAUCCCUCCUGGGAUGGUUCCAUCGUGGACGCCGGUCUCCCCCGCGCAGGCCCAGCAGGUGGUUCAGCUGCCACCAUCGCCGAUCUCCCCUGAGGUCUCGCCUGUGCAAGUUGCCCCGCCAAUGCAGGGGGUGACGCCGGUUUAUGCAACCACGGCAACCACGACUGCAGAAGCCGCUGUGGUGCACACGACGCCGCUCACUACCACAACGGAAACCACGAUUGCAAUGGCCAGCGAAGUGCGCUUCUUUGUGGUUGGAGGUGACAAAGUCGUGAAGGCGUGCGACAAUUUGGAAGAUGCGAAGAAGACGCUCAUGUCAUCAUUUCCACCUGCAGCCCCUCGUCCAUCGCGACAAAUUUGCGAGGUUCGUGAUGGUGUCGUGCUGCCAGACCCGAACGACGUCGGUAUCGGUGGCCAGAACCAGGGGCUCGGACUGCACGCCGGAUUCAACAAAUGGUGGUUAGACUGGAACGAUAUUCGCCGAAUGAACCGUAUUUGCCAGCAGUACCAGGAUGGUGUGCAGGAGGCCACCGAUUUGAGCAAUGCGUUGGAACGCAAGGUCGAAAAUGUCACGAAGUACUUGGAGAGCAAGGAAAUGGAGGACAAGCACCACCUCCAAGAUCUCGUGACUCAGAUGAAAGACAUCGUGCGCGACGUGCAGUACGAUACGCCGCCACCAUGGUUUACCAGUACAGUGGGCGCUCCCUUGCCAACAUCUGCCCGCAAGGAGACUGAGACCACGACAUGCGCUUCAAGGAUUGAGGCCAUGAACCGCCAAUUGUGGGACAAGUUCAGGGCCUAUGGAAGCUGGAAUGCAACGGGGGAGCAGUCAAGCACGUCCCUGGAGACACAGAAUGACGACAAAGCCUUCCAGAUUGCUCAAGCCUUAAAAUCUUUUGCGUUGUUGAUGGUCCAGCCCUUUCUUGAUGAGCCGGAACAUGGACCGCUGGGAAAGCCAAACCGAAGUUGGCGAACCCCAAACCUUUGGGCAGGGUUCAGUUCUGAGUGCCAGAACACCGACAUGCGCACACUGCAGGAAGAGCUGGAGAGUUUUCAGACUCUCAGUAACAGCUAUGCGCUCUAUCCCGGAUCACACCUAGCACAGAUCUUGCAGAAGGAUGAGAUAAGAUACCUCCAGGGCUGCAGUUGGCGUACACGAAGCGAGUUUUGGGAAGCCCGUUCCAAGAACUUCGUUCAAGGAAUGAUAGCCAACGGCAUUGAGGAAAUAUUCAUUUCCGUGAAUAAGCAGCACUUGGAAGGAAAACUCGGGCUAGAGGGAUCCCUGCUGUGGACUGUACAGCUCCCAGCUCUUGGUGAGAAGUACGGAAAUCCGAGCCUUCUGAAGGAUGGGGUGCCGUGGAGGCCAAGGGUUCAAAUUCUGGAGAUGACUCGGAAUUGCUCUGGGAUGGGUCUCGCAAUUGCGCGGCAAUUGCAGCGCUCUAUUCUCCGACCAGGUGAAAGCAAGCACGUUGACAUUCAGUGCCGCGAAUGUGGCGACACUCUGCGUCACUGCCUCAUGGACCCGGUCCCACAAAGUCAUUUCAAUGCUCAGGAGCAGACCAUGCAGCCGGAAAUGGACAGCUCCGGAGGCGGCCAUGCAGAAGCUGCACCCACAGGUCCUGAAAGUUCUGCCGAUUCUGCAGUGACUGGUGAGCGUGUGCGGCUGGAGUCUGCGGCAUUGACCAUGCCCUCACCAAACCUGAAAGACCCCAGCCUGACUGCGAAAGCGGAGGCAGCCAGGGAAGCUCUCAAGCAGCUGGAGGAGAAAACGAAGAAAGCCCGGGAGGAAUGGACGAAGAGGUGUUCUGAGAAUGACAUGCCAGACCUUGACCAGGAGGAGCCAUCGGACAGCUGGCCGCGGACAGAGCCGAGCGUGGAGAACGGGAGAUGUCCGGUUGGAAGUCACUCCGAUGGACCCAGGAGUUGCAGCUGUGGCGAGGGCUUCGUGUUCUCAAAGAACUGCAGGGAGUAUGCGCUGAACAUGACAAUGCCCGAGAGGUAUCCUUUUGUCAUGUCAUGCCGAUGCAUUCCAGACCCACGCGGCUCCUACGUGCAGACUCAUGUGGCCGCGAUGGAGUUCUGUGGCCAACUUGUGCAGGCCGUCUACAAGAAGCAUACCCUUGCAGAGUUAAGAGGCAAUCUUGAAAGAGCAGCUGAAGAAGUCGAAAAGGACUUGAAGGGCUCGGCAGCCAUGCGUGCGUGUGAAGCUGCUUUGGCUCACGCGGAAAACUCGAGCGAGGCUGUUGAUCAGAUCACGGAGAAAGAGGAGGUGGGUGGCAUCCGUGACCCACGGAAAGGACCUAGAGCCCAGCGUCUGGCACAGGGUGCAGCACUGGCCCUGGAGAAUGUGUGCAAGGAUGAGUGCAUUUCCCUCGUGUCCAAGAUGACUGAGAGCCAAAGUGAUGGCGACAUCACCAUCCUGUCCUCUUUGGCGAGAAGGGGUGCCAAAGACCGACCGAUCCAAGAGCAAUGUGCCAAGACUGUAGUCCAGAAAGUGGAGGCUGAGCUCCUCGGGUGUUGCGCCCGCACCUGCGGUUGGAAUGGGACCCACUGCGUGCUCUGGAGCUACAUGGACAAGAAGGCCCAGGCAACAUGGAAUGGCGAGUGUUGCACCGAGGACAACAUCUUGCGGAAUUCCAGCAGAGAGAGGAUGUGCAAUAGCGUGCUUUCACCACAGAUGGCAUGGCAGAUGGCAGCAAACGAUACCAAGCAAAUUGCCGAUGGCGAUGCGGCCAAGGUGGGUCAGGAGUUUCGCUCUCCCCGCGAUGAUCGCGAUGGCAGCGGGCUUCUUCAACUCCGUACUGUCCCUUCUGCAGAAAAGGAGGUUUGCAGCGUGUUGGGCACGUCCUGCGGUGGCGAUCACAAGCUCAUCCAUUGGGAAGCUUGCGCGAGCAUGACCCGGUUUGCUUACUUCCUUCCCAAGUCCGGGGGGCGCAAAUUGAAGAAAUUGCUUAGGUCCGCUGGGGCUACUCAGGAGCGUGGUUUGGAGUUGGAAGAGUGCGCCAAGAAAAAAAGCCUCAAAACGCUUGUCUGGACAAGUGAUCCAAAAGUUUGUCACGAGGUAGGGGGGGAGGAAGUCAUGAACACGGGCAGUAUACCCUUGAUCUUGACAGAGAGACACUUGAGCGAGUCGGUGACUUUGGUCCGGUUUCCGCAGUAG